UAAUGUUCUGGAGCGCAGGUUCGGGGUCCGGGUGACUAACUGAGAAGGUGCUAAGGGAGCCGCUGUCCCCGCCGCACAGACUGGGGUCCACGGCUCGGCGACGCCGCCCAGACUGCCCCGCACGGGGUCCAGGACAGAGACCCCCCAGCCCGGGUGUCCGUCCGCCCCGCCCCCGGAGUCCGAUGGCGGCGGCCGCGCCCAGGGCCCCUCCGCAGGGCACUGUGACCUUUGAGGAUAUUGCCAUGUAUUUCUCCUGGGAAGAAUGGGAUCUUCUUGAUGAGGCUCAGAGACACCUGUACCAGGAUGUGAUGCUGGAGAACUUAGCACUUAUAACUUCUUUGGGUUGUGAGCAUGGAGCAGAGGAUGAGAAGGCCCCUUCUGAGCAGAGCAUUUCUGUAGAAGGAGUAUCACAGGUCAGGAUUCCCAAAACAGGUCUUCUUUCCCAGAAGGCCAACCCCUAUGAGGUGUGUGGUCCAAUCUUGAAAGACAGUUUUCACUUGGCUGAGCACUGGGAAACACAAUUCAGUGAGAAACUGUAUACCAGUGGGACACAUGGGAAAAGAUUCUAUUUCAGUGAAAACCUUCAUCACAAAAAGCAGCACGUGAGAGAUCAGCCCUUUGGAAGCAACAUAAGCAGAGCUUCAGUGGUGGUCAAGAGUUGCAGAUUGCAAGUUUCAGGGAAGCCCUUUAUCUGUGGGGAGGUUGGAAAGGACUUCCUGGCCAGCUCAGGAUUCCUCCAGCAACCAGCCACACACACUGGAGAGAAGUCAAACAGUGGAACUGAAUGCAGGAUGGCCUUCCCCAAAGGAAAGACUCAACACCACUGGGGAGACUGCACAGAAGCUUUCAGCCACAAGCACACAUUUACCCAUCACCAGAGAGUCCGCCCUGGAGAAAGAUGUUACAUGUGCAGUGAAUGUGGGAAAUCUUUUAGCCAUAACUCGAGCCUUAUUAAACACCAAAGAGUUCACACAGGAGAAAGGCCUUAUGAGUGUGGGGAAUGUGGGAAAUCCUUUAGCCAAAGCUCCAACCUCUUUCAGCAUCGGAGAGUUCACACUGGAGAAAGGCCUUAUGAGUGCAGUGAAUGUGGGAAAUCUUUUAGCCAGAGCUACAGCCUCAAUAACCAUCGGAAAGUUCACACUGGAGAAAGGCCAUUUGAGUGUGGAGAAUGUGGCAAAUCCUUUAGUCAAAGAUCUAACCUCAUUCAACAUCAGAGAAUUCACACUGGAGAAAAACCUUAUGAGUGCAGUGAAUGUGGGAAGUCCUUUAAUCAAAGCUCUGCACUCUUGCAGCACCAUACCAUUCAUACUGGAGAACGGCCCUAUGAGUGCAAUGAAUGUGGGAAAUCCUUUACCUACAAUUCCAGUCUCUUAAAACAUCAGAAAGUCCACACAGGAUCAAAGCCUUAUGAGUGCAGUGAAUGUAGGAAAUCUUUUAGCCAGAAUUGCAGCCUUGUUCUACACCUGAGAGUUCACACUGGAGAAAGGCCUUAUGAGUGCAGCAAAUGUGGAAAAUCUUUUAGCCAAAGCUCUGCACUCCUUAAACACCAUAGAGUUCACACUGGAGAAAGGCCAUAUGAGUGCAGUAAGUGUGGGAAGUCCUUUAGACGAAGCUCCAACUUCAGUGACCAUCGGAGAAUUCACACUGGAGAAAGGCCUUAUAAGUGUAACCAGUGUGGGAAAUCUUUUAGUAAAAGCUCUGGCCUCACUCGACACCAGAGAAUUCAUACUGGUUUGGGCAUCAUAAAUGUCUUGAAUGAGAAAGCCAUUAGCCAAAGGCCUUAUUAUCUCAUUGAUUACCACAAAAUUCACAUGGGAGAAACAACUUAGAUGUGUAGCAAAUGUAUUUCCUUGUUCAGUAUAACAACACUCAAGGAGAUCUCUUUUGAGGGUGCCAUCUGCCUAAAUUGAGUUUCAUACAUCCAAACAUCAAAAUAAAUUCCAGGUAUGGGGAUGCCUGGGUGGCUCAGUGCUUAAGCGUCUGCCUUCGGCUCAGGGUGUGAUCCUGGGGUCCUCGGAUCAAAUCCCACAUGGGGCUCCCUGCAUGGAGCCUGCUUCUCCCUCUGCCUGUGUUCCUGCCUCUCUCUCUCUCUCUGUGUCUCAUGAAUAAAUAAAUCAAAUCUUAAAAAAAAAUUCCAGGUAUGUAGGAGCUGCAUCACAUUUGAGCAUAGUCCUGUGUCAGAUUUUUAUUACUGUUGGUUCUGUAGCAGCACCUGUUUACCUCUACCACCUGCAGAUGUCCACAGGUGCAUCAUUUAUCUACCCUGACCUGUUCAGGGAAGUUAACCUUGGUAUUUGCCCAUUCACUGGUAAACGUGUGGGAAGCCAGAGUACUCAUUCCUUUCUCUCUGAUUAGUUAAGGCAUGGAUGGCCCAGUUGUGGUCCAGAGGACUCCAUCUGAGUUCUGCUGAUGACCUGAAAAGUCACCUUUUUUAGGGAUAUUAUUGGUCUGGUGACUCUUGUGAUGGCAUUUCUAGCCCCCAAGUCACCAACCCAGGAACAGCCUUCCUCCAUUAAUCUGAUUUGUGCUAUAACAAAGCCCUUAUUGUUUAAGUCACCUUUAUCUUGAGAGUUAUUCACUUUAUGUGAUGGUUUUGGAGCAACAGAACAACAGGAGAAACAGCUCCUGUGAGCACCCCAAUGUUUAUGUGCAUCAGAGGGCUGGAAGAGUGGUAGUCCUCUCUCUGGUUUGGCUCUUGUUUGUGUUGUUGCCCCAUGCCUCAAAGGAAAUUACAUAGGAUUUUGUGGUUAAAUUGUAGCCUGGGUGGCAGGACAUUUUGUGGUGUCAGAGCUCCCCCUGAAGGGGUGCAAUGGUGACAAACUCCAGUACUUCUGGGAACAACAUAAAAUUGUUCUUUGGUUUGCUGGGAAUAUGGCAUUGUGCUCAGCACUGGGGAAGAAAUCUGUUCCCAGGUCCUGCAGAGGAGUGAUGGACACCAAUGUCCAGAAUUCUGUGUGGUGGUGUCAGUGGCUGAAAGAUUAUAGGAGGAAUCCUAAUUGUACGCAAAUAGUAGAUGAUUAGAGAGUACAGGAGACUGCACCAAACUGGUUGAAAUGUGCCUUUUUUAAAAGGGCACUUGUGGGCAGCCCGGGUGGCUCAGCGGUUUAGCACCUGCCUUCGGCCCAGGGCAUGAUCCUGGAGUCCCGGGAUUGAGUCCCACAUCAGGCUCUCUGCAUGGAGCCUGCUUCUCCCUCUGCCUGUGUCUCUACCUCUCUCUCUCUCUCUGCAUCUCUAUGAAUAAAUAAAUAAAAUCUUUAAAAAAAAUGCCAACCUGGGAACCCUAAAGCUGCUUUUAACAUUUCUCUACAACUUAAUUGUUCUUUGUUGAUAAUAUAGAAGCUGGAAUUUUGAGCCACCAUUUUGAGUUACUUCUGGUUUAAGUUUCUCCUGGAGAUGUGCACUACAUGGCCUACUAAACUUCCUCUCUCUCUCUCUCUCUCUCUCUCUCUUUCUCUUUCUCCCCCUUCCUCCUUCCCUCCCUCUAAUCUGUCUUUCUGUUACAUGGACCUCAGCCAAAAACACAGAAGGGUAAUGGAACAUCAUUUUUCUUUUCCCUACACCUGCUGAAUGUAGACAUAACACCAAAGAAGUCUUCCCUACCCCCUCACCAAUUUUCUUUUCAUCCUUGGGGUCACACACAGCCUAAGUAUGUGGGCCUUGAUGGAAGAUUUGACAGCAGCUUUAGUUGCUCUGCAGUAUUUUGUUUUGUUUCUUUAAGAUUUUAUUUAUUCAUGAGAGAGAAAGGGAGGCAGAGGCAGAGGGAGAGGCAACCUCCUCACAGACCAGGGAGCCCAAAGUGAGACUCCAUCGCAGGACCCUGAGAUCCAUGGGAAAUUGUCUUCCUUAUGUCAGAAGGAGAGUGACAUUCCUCUCAAGGACAGGAAGCUGAGAAUAAGAAAAUUCUGUACAGCCCUUUGAAUCAUUAUAUUUGUAUCUUUGGAGUAAAUCUCCAGUAGUGCAAUUGCUAGGUCAUAGGGUAGCUCUAUUUUCAACUUUUUUGAGGAACCUCUAUACUGUUUUCCAGAGUGGCUGAACCAGCUUGCAUUCCCAUCAACAGUAUGAGAGGGUUCCCCUUUCUCUUCAUCCUCACCAACAUCUGUCAUUUCUUGCUUGUUGAUUUUAGACAUUCUAAGUAGUGUGAGGUGAUAUCUCAUUGUGGUUUUGAUUUAUAUUUCCCUGAUGCUGAGUGAUGUUGAGCAUUUUUUCAUAUAUUUGUCGGCCAUGUGUAUGUCUCCUUUGGAGAAAUGUCUUUUCAUGUCUUCUGCCCCCUUGAUUGAGUUAUUUGUUCUUUGGGUGUUGAGUUGGUAAGUUCUUCAUAGAUUUUAGGUACUAGUCCUUUAUUACAGUGUCUUUCAAAAUAAAACAUACUCUUACCAUAGGAUCCAGCAAUAAAUUGGUAUUUAUUGACCCUGAAUGAGUCAAAAAAGUAUGUUCACACAGAAACCUGCGCACCAAUGUUUAUAACUUUAUUCAUAACUGCCAGAACUUGGUUGGAAGCAACCAAGAUGUCCUUCAGGAGGAACCAACACAUUGUUCUGGUGGAGGAUGUUGAUAGGCUCAUGUGGGGGUGGGAUGGGGCUCUGAGUGUGUGUGUAUUUGGUGGGCAGGGAGCAGUGAAGGCAGAGCAGAGAGCAUAUGGGAAAUCUCUGUACUCUCUGCUCAGUUUUGCUAGAAACCCAAAACUGUUCUUUAAAUCACACACACAGGGACACCUGGGUGGCUCAGUAGUUGAGCAUCUGCCUUCAGCUCAAGGCAUAAUCCCAGGGUCCUGGGAUCAAUUCCUGCAUUGGGCUCCCUACAUGGAGCCUGCUUCUUCCUAUGCCUAUGUCUCUGCUCUCUCUCUCUCUCUCUCUCUGUG